CUUUAUUAGUGUAUGCAUGUGUGCAUAACCCCGCAUGCAUAUGUGCAUAUAUCAGAUCAGAUCAUAUCUCAGGCCGCACAUAUGAUCUUUCCCUCCCUCUCUCUCUCUCUCUCUCUCUCUCUGCAUACUUUAAAGCAUCUGAGCGACUUCCAUUUGAUGCAUGCUGAGGAGGUGGGUGUAUCCAGCCCAUCCGCUCUGAUGUUAGGAAACAGUAACUCUUCCAUCCUACUCAGUCUGCUCUGUGCUCUCCCUGCUCUACUGUUUCAGCCAGUCUGUCUGCCCUCUAGCGUAGUACUCUCCUUUCACUCACCACUAUUCAUCACCAUCCAGGAUACAUUUACACAAACCCACGCAGGUAGACAGAGGACCGUCUUAGUGGACUGAAGAGUUUGGCUGAUAGAUAGAGAUAUAUAUACAUUACAUUGGAGAGAAAUAGAAAGUGGGGAUCUGUAACAGUGCUGUUGAGGCUGAAGUUUCUUCCUCUCUACGUUUUUUGUCCCAAAGGAUACCACACACAGCUGCAGAGGCUGCCAGCUCCAACUGUAGCAAACACAAGUCGAUGACUGAGAUCUCCGCCUCCCAUGAUGGACAAGAAAAGUGCCAACGGCUUUCAGACCAAGGCCAGUGAGGGCGGUGUUCAGAGGAAGCAGCUGCCCUACUCAGUGGAGACUCCCUAUGGCUUCCACUUGGACCUGGAUUUCCUCAAGUAUGUGGACGAUAUUGAAAAAGGCAACACCAUCAAAAGGGUCCACAUCCAGCGCAGGGUCAAGGGCCCUCCCAAGUUCAGCACACUACCCAGAAAUUUCAGCCUCCCUGGGAAUGGAGCUAGGCCUGCGUCUAAGGAAAAUGAUAGCACAUGGUCCGGGACGUCCACCUUGGGACCCAAGCCUAAAUCACGGGUGACAGAGGUCCAACAAAUCUUUGACUUCAGGGCAAGUGAAGGGGGAACUUCCGGCCAGAGCAGCAGGGGGACAACCAGUCAGGGAAGUGGUUAUGUUUCAGCUAAGCCCAGAGAUGAAAUGGGUGCAGGGGCUCGAGGUGUUGAAGAAAAAGCCGUGGGAAUUCAAAGUCGUCCGAACCUGCUUCGAGCAUCGAGCAUGCCGAUCACCCUACAGCAACGCAAAGGCUCUGACUCAAGCAGUCCAGACCGUAUUGUGGGAACACCAGAAAAUGGCUCAACAGAGAACAUGUUCCGUGCUUCGCCGGACAUAACAGAAAGACGAUGUGUUCCCCAGGAGCGAACAGGGCUUCACCAGCAGAUCACAGUGGCACUGAAGCGGGUCAGAGAGCUGGAGGAGCAGGUCAAAACCAUCCCCGAACUGAAGGCUCAGAUCUGCUCGCUCAGGGAGGAGAGGGAGCAGCUACUGCUACAGCUCAAAGCUCGGACCCAAACACAGAUUUCCACAUCACCCUCAACAAUAGCCCCAAGUUCUGAUGCUGGGACACACACUCAGCCACCAGGACACAGACCCUUAGAGGGGCUCAACUUAGCUCUGAUGACUCAGCCGACUGGUGUGACAGAGAAAAGUAGAGUGUUACAAAAAGAGAGAGAGAGUUCCUUGCCACAUGGUAAAAUGGGUGGGUUGUCAGCACAAGAAUCAGAGAGACAAACAUGGCCAUCUGAAAAAUCCGACAAACAAAUCGAGAGUCCACUGGAGCAUGCAGCGCAAAAGCUAUCGCGGGACAUAGCAGGGCAAGAAUUAACAUCACUUAGGAUGGCUAUAAAAGAUGCAGGGAGUAGCAAUAUUCAAAAUGGUAAUGUGGAAAAAGCAAGAAAGGGUCUUGAAGACCCAGACAGUCUGCAGAUGCUGCAGGAGAAGCUAAUGACACUGGAGACUAAACUUACUCAGGCUAGCGGAGAGCUGGAGAGAACCAAUAGUCUUUUGAAAGAACAAAUAGAAGAGAACAAAGUAAAAGAGGAGAGAAUACUACAACUGAGCGAGGGAGUGAGAGUGGAGAUUUGUACUACAGAGGCACACAGCAGACCAAGAAGAGAGAGCAUUGAUACAGGAACAGAGACAGAGAGAAUAGAUUUUGCCAACCAAGAGACAGAGACAGAAUCACCGGGUACAGUAGAUCAGGGUACAGAUACAGAGAGAAUCUGUGUUGAAGUUUGUGUACCUACAGCAAGGACUGUAAGUAUAGAUCAGAUAACAGAACCCGAAGUCGACACACAUGACCAGGCAACAGACAGAGAGGCAGAGGUAACCGCAGUGAGCCCACAAAGACCCAGAGCCAACAGCAUGGAGCGGGGCACAGUAACUGAGAGGAUUGCCACUCAGGAUCGAAUGACUGAGACGCCAGUGGCCGAAAGGGUGAACCAAGUCACAGAGACAGAGGGUGAGACAGUGACAGACCAUCCACAGAGACCAAGAGCCAGCAGUGUAGACCGAGGGACAGAGACAGAGAGGGUGGACACUGUGGACAGGGUGACAGAGACAGAGGCAGCCCAGAGGACUGACCAACAGACAGAGACGGAGACAGAGAGACGUCAGGACAACAAUCCAGCCAGAGACGCAGAGGCAGAGAGUCAAGUAAGAGAAAGUGCAAGCAGCGAAAGAGGAGAAGAUGUUGACAGUGUGGUCAGUGAAAGAGUGGACGACAAGGAAGCAAAUGAAAGGAUUCAAAGAGUUAGUGAAAGUCUAGUCAUGAAAGUUGUCACAGAGAGUUCAGCUGCAGUUCUACAAAGUCUACUUGAACAAACUGCAGUUUCAGACAUAGUAAGUCAGAAUGAAGGGAAAACCAGUCCACUUGCUGCAACAGGAGAAAUUAAAGAAUCUAAGAUUGAAGCAAGUAUUGCACAGACUGACUCAGAGUUAAAAGAAAUUAUACAUCCAAAGACAGAAAUUAUUGAAACAAAGCAGAUCAUCCUGGAGAAUGUAGAAAAGAAACAAACACCAGAGGGUGAGAUUGUGUGUGCAACAAUCAAAGACACUGUGGUCACUGACAGGGUUGUAGUCGCAGCAGAGGAUGCAGCUGUGAAGACAGUAGUUCCUGUAAGACCUCAGAGAGGCCGCAAGUCCUCAGCAGAGGGACAGACGUCACCUCCUCAACUCCAGGCUGCAUCUGUGCGUGCUCGUAGGGGAUCCGGUGAAACCGAAGCCCAGCAACCCCUGACAAAGCCCCUGCCCAAAGCACAAGUACAGGACGCACCUCAGCUUGAGGCUCAAUCCCCAACACAACUCUCAGAGCAACAGGUAAAACAUGAAGCCCCAUCUGAGGAUAAGAGCCAAGCAAAGAAGCCUACAGGUGAUGUUAGUAAGGAAAAAUCACAACCUCAGGCUGAGACUCAGAGCCCAUCUCCAGGGUCCAGUGCAGCCCAAACCCGUCCCAAAUCAAUUCAAGCCCAGCCUCACUCUCAAAGUUCUGCAACUCGACGGAACUCAAAAGAGCUUAAAGCACCACAGAGGGGCUCCACUGUAUCACAACCUCCAAGUCGUGGAGGAGAAGCCCAAACCCGGCCAACUCGUCAGGGGUCAAGUGAUGUGCAGCUUCAGUCUCAGGGCUCCCGCAGAAGUUCCAGUGAGACUCAACCCCCUCACAAAGAUGCCAGCGAAACACCAUCCCUGCGCAGAGGCUCCAGUGAAACAGCCCAGCGUCGUGGUUCAAGGGAAGUCCAGGCCUCCGGUCGCGACACUGGUGAGGCCCAGCCUCCUCGCAGAGGCUCGAGUGAGUCACCAACCUCGCCCGCAGCUUUGGGCCAAGUCGUAACCCGGUUAACAGGGCUUCUGGGGGAGCAGUGGGCACAGCUGGGGAGCAGCUCUGGCACUCAACAGAUGGCUAGCCAACAGGAGAGCCCCAACACACAGAAACAGACAGCAGGCAAAAGAGCAGAGGCAGGAAAAGGAGCAACAGCCAAGCCUGCAGGGAAAGCAGUCCCUGUAGCAACAACAGGGAAACCAGCAGGGAAACCUGGUCCUUCCAAAAUGAGCUCUAUUCAGAGUCAACUGGUCAGCUCCCUCAGUGUCCUCUCUGCCUUCUACUCACCAGCCCAGAAAGCUGCUGCUGCCAGCAAACAGCAAGAACAAGGUCUCAAAUCUAUUAUGAAGAAAAAUGGUGUUGCUGACAAGCAGGGGAGUAAGGGAGCCAAGAAAAACCUGAAGUUUGUUGGGGUGAAUGGAGGCUAUGAGACAACAUCCAGCGAAGAGUCCAGUGGAGAUGAGAAGUCAAAGGUGGAGGCGGAGGAGGAAGACAGCUCAGAGCAGGAGGGGGAGAAGGAAAAGGAGAAGGAGCCUCAGCCACCAGAGAAGCCUGAGGAGGCAGCAGAGAUCCAGGGAAAGGAUGCAGAGGUCUCAGCUGAGGGAGGAGGUGCUGUGGCUGAAGAGAAGGAGGGUGAGAGAGGUCUGCUGGAUCCAGAGAGCAGCCUGGAGCUGCAGGAGGAGCAAGCUGAACGGGAGAAAGUUGACCAAGGAUUUAUAGACGCUUGCCUCUAUGUAAAGGACCGUAUGGAAGAGGUUUCAUCCCCAGAUAAAGAAAUGCGUCAGGUUUUAGUGGUGCUCUACCAGGAGUGGUUCAGGGUCUCCAGUCAGAAAGACUCACAGGCCGAUACCGUCACAUUAUACCUGCGACAAGUGGGCUCGACCACGCCCACUCUCCUGCCGUAUGUUGUCAAUUUGACAGAUGGAAACGGGAACAUGGCCCUCCACUACAGCGUGUCGCACUCAAACUUCCCUGUGGUCAAACUGCUGCUGGAUACUGGUCUAUGUGAAACAGAUAACGUGAACAAGGCAGGCUAUACUCCAGUGAUGCUCGCUGCCCUAACAGCUGCUGACAGCCCUGAUGAUCUGGAGGUGGCACAACAACUGCUGAGACUGGGGGACGUCAAUGCACGCUCCAGACAGGCAGGUCAGACGGCACUUAUGCUUGCAGUGAGCCACGGCCGUGUUGCCAUGGUGAAGCUGCUCCUGAGCUGCGGCGCCGAUGUAAAUGCCCAGGACCGCGAGGGAUCUACAGCCCUGAUGUGCGCCAGUGAACACGGACACACGCACAUCGCUCGUCUGCUGCUUGAGACAGGCCACUGUGACUCCGGCCUCAGAGAUAAGAAUAAUCAGACAGCACUGUCGGUGGCAGAAGGAGCCUCUCAACAAGAAAUAGUUGACCUUCUGAAGGCCAACACUGAGACCCAGGCCUCUGAGCCACCGUCUACCACAGACCUAAUCUGAGCCAGGCUGACCCUGUUUACUCUUCCAAACCACUUUCAGCUUGCCGACUCCGACCUCCCCAUUUCAAGACCCUCUGCACACCAACAAUGAGGGGGAAAAGCUGAAACACAUACACUGUGACACCAUACAGGACAUACUCUGUUUGACCAGUGGAAAAAGUGGUUAUGCUCUGUUUACCAUGGAAUUAUGGGAGCUCACAUACAAAACCUCUGUGACUGUGGAGUUUCCUGCAAUGAAUGCCCACAUUUUUCUUCCAUGUCUCUGCCAACAUGCCCCGUGGGUGUUUAUGGAUAUGCUGCAUCAACCUCUCAGUGGACAGAAAAACAAAAGGGGCUGGUCAGAUUGAUGAUAAGACAUUGCCAUAGUGACAAGUGUGAUUGACAGGAAGUUACAUAGGGGACAGAGUGAGAAUAUAUAUAUAUAUCUAUAUAUAUCUAUACAUAUAUAUAUAUAUAUAUCUAUAUAUAUCUAUACAUAUAUAUAUAUAUAUAUACAUAUAUAUAUAUAUAUAUAGAUAUAUAGAUAUAUAUAUAUAUAUAUAUAUAUAUAUGUGGUGAAUGAAGAGAUACUCUGACAAACUGCUGCUUCUUAUCAUCAAACUAGCUUGUCAAGCAAAAUACUAAGCACAUGAUCUACCUUUCAAAUAUAUAAUAUUAAAUAUGACAUGAUGUCUAUUUUUUCUUUUAUGUCAUUGACAUCAUCCUUUUCAUAUUUGGACAUAAGCCAUUAUUGAGAACAUAGUAUGUAGAAUGUUAUUCUAACAGAUUAUAAUCAUAUACAAACACAGAAACUGUAUUUUCUACUGCACUUUUUUUUAUUGUUUGUGUACAGUAAAUCGUCCUUCUCUCUCAUAUCAAUUUCCAGAAGAAACUAUAUCUCCAAAAGUAUAAAUUACAACGUGACCUAAUAGAGUAGAAUUUCUGAUCUAAUUUCCCAUGAUUCAGUGGAUCUUUGGCAUCAUUCAAUGUAUUGUUUUUGACAGGGUCAUGUUCUUCACAUCUGCCAUGGGUGAUCGUCAUCUGUGAAAUAUUGAAAAACAAAUGGUUUAGUUUGAGAUAAAAUGUUUCUGUUGGAUACAGGAGAAAUGAUUUUUAUAACCAGAAUAUAACCAGAGAAAAGAAACACAAAAGUCUUCUAAUAAGAAGAUUGUUCUGUUCAGAAGGUGCUGCAUGCAAAUACAUAGUUACUCCCCCUGCUGGCUGUCUUAUAGUACUAAACAACAGUAUGUUGUAAUACUGUCUGUUCUCAUGAUUAACAUCUCUCUAUCUCUCUUUCUCUCCCUCUCUCCGCCUCAAUCUCCGUCCCCCAGUUCAAAUAUAAUGUAUGUCUUGUUUGUCUGCCUGUUUCAAAUCAAAUCAUGUAUGCAACUGCUACAAAAUGCACAAUGAAUGUCGGGCUGGCUGUGACACAUUCCAAGAAAAAAAUGUAGCAAGUAGCAAGUCUAACUGUACUGGCAUGGAUCAUGGGACUAAGAGAGACAUAAGCUAUAGCAGAUAUAGCCAUGUAUGACAAAAGAUAUUAAUCAAUGAUAAAAUCCCGAACACAAAGAUCAGAUUUGCCAAUUUUCAAAUUGCUGACACUAGUUCAUCCUGUCUCUGUCUCCAGGCAUUCAUAUCAUCCCAGAGCAGGGGUAUUAUUUUUGUUAUCAGUCUAAGAAGCAAUAUAAAUGGAAUACUAUCUUUUCAGUCAAACAAUAGCUAGGGUGAGUGGCUUUUGUCUCGCCUUAAUCAGAUGAUAGUCCUACAUUAGAGGAGAUGUGAGGAGAGUGGCCUUUUUCUCCUGUUUACCACAGAGCUACACCCAUAUUCUUAAAGUAUCUUAAAGCAGGAGUACUGCUCUGAUGAAAUUGUUUACAAUUCAACAUUUCCCCCUCGGUGACCACUGCAGGUGUCAAACAGGUUAGUAAGUUUACAAGAAACAAAAGGGAUCAAUAAUUUUACCUGUACACAUGCGACUGAUGGUGAUCUCUGGCUAUUAUGAAGGCACUCUUGUCACGGAACCACUCUUUAUAUGUGAUCUUUGAAUGGAGUAAAGCUAUUUUUCUAGGGUCACUGAAGGUGGAAUUUAAAAAGGGGAAUACCACUCAAUUUAACAACUGCCAUAUGUGUGGUCUAUGACAGUCCAGUCUGCAUUUACAGGUAGAAGAUAAGUCACUUUCUACAGAAGCAAGUCUCCAGAUAACCAGUCAAAUCUCUGACCUUUGAUCACAAUAAACUCUUUUUAUUUCUAACCGACAAACCUGCCAUCUCAGUUCCUAUUACUUAUCAGUUGCUCACAAAUUUUGGCUGGUUCCCAGAUUUAUUGGUUUUCUCCAAAUCAUUCUAAAAUGAUAUUUCCCUGCCUCUGUAGUGCUGUCUUGUAAGCUAUCUGUUUACUGCAGUAUGGUCUGACCACUGAUCCUGCACCAGUACUCUCAUUCCAGGACACUUUAUAAAUAUGGGUGCUUACAUGGGACUAUGUAGAUUGACAUGAAGAUAGACUUAUUAUAUGAAGUAUCCUAUUAUAUAGUCAUGGCUGCAUUUACUCAGCAACAAUGAGAAUUUUUCAACAGUGGCUUAGUAAUCAGAUCAUCAUCAUUUGUUGAGUCACAAAGUAGCACAGAUUCGUUAAACAUUGAGGCUGCGUUUACACAUGAUCAGCAAAUCUGAAUUUUCACUGUGUAGUACAUCCGAUCAUCAUUGGUUGUCCGUAUAUUAAGGGACACAAAUGAGAGUCUGUGUAAUGUCCCAUAACACAGACAGCUAAAGGGUGAUCUGAUCUGUGCUGCAACAAGUAUCUGGUGUAUCUGGUCUUCCGUGCCUGUGUAUUAAGUCUUAAAUUGCAUCCAUAUGUUUAAUCCAGUGUGACCCAGAUGUAAUAAGGUUUCAUAACUGGCUAAACACCAAAGACCUGAAAUCAAAUCUGUUUCACAUUGGGUUAAAUAUAUAUUUUAUCUGUUUCUGUAAAUCCAGCCAAAUACAUGUAAAUACAGUAUUGUGAAGAGUAUAUAACAAGUAUUGUCUGACAGUUUGCUCUAAAAUUAUAUUAAGUAUUUAUUCCAAAUGCUAUAUUUUUUACCAUAUAUAGUAUACUUAUGUAUGCAUGGACAAAUAUUCCAGUGAUUCUGUUGGAGGGGACUUUGGAUGAGUAGAAAUUAUGCUAAGUGUCCCUGAUGAUGUGAUUAUUUGACUUAACAUUGGGUGGCUGGGUGGUACAGUAAAUGUGUGAUUUGAUGAGGUAGUGGACUGUCAUGUGCCCUUUGAUGCUACCUUUGACAUUUCUGGGGAAAUUAUGAAGAAGAUCCGACACUGCUCUAAACUAUAAGGGCAACGUCUCCUUUGUUUGAAUACCCGUCUGAAAAUCUGAGACUGUGUACAUGACAGAGUCAAAUGUAAAAACCUGUACCUCUCUGUAAUAUUCCAUGUACAACGGGCUUGUAUGUUACGAACCAGAGAACUACUUCUAAAUAAAGAAAUAUUAAGAUUUAAAACCUA